GAUGGCGUCACUAGUACUUUGCUUUCUAUUGUUCCAAUUUGUGACGGGAAAUGAAAAUUAUAGAAACGAUGGUAUUUUGCAUCAUAUAAAUAGUGGAAUGAAAAUCGCUACGGAGUUUUUGGGAUCCGAAUCGAUUGCUUUGAAGGUUGCAGAUUUUGUAGUUCGCGCUUUCCAACCCAUGCCGUCGAGAAGACAACCAUCGGACAGUUACCCUGAUGAAUCUGCCGAUAGCGAUGAAGAUUCAGGGGAAAACAUACCUAAAUACAAUAUAAAUGAGGUUCCACCUACCAUGUCACCGCUGCGCCACUUAGUGAGACUAUUGGGUCUUCAACCGAAGCAAAUUAGCGCUGUAGCUGUCAAUGCUCUCAUAUUUGUCGCUCAGAUGAUAACAUCGUUCUUAGCAGGGCCUAAUACAAACAAAAAACACCGUUCCGAAGAUUUAACGACGUGGAUUCUUAAUAAAAAUUCCAGACGACUUCAGGAUCUCAUUGAAACCGCCAAAAACGAAUCUUUACCAGAACAUAUAGAAGAGCUUAUACGAAACCAAGAGUCAAAUGAAGAAACCAGUUGCAUACGUCUUUUGGUUUGUAAGAUAACUCCUUUCGUUAAUAAAAUGCAAAAGGCUGUGUUCAGCGAAAAAGAUGAGCGCUCCAAUGAAGAAAUGCGCGGUGCAUCUUUUAUGUAUCGACAUCUGCCCACCAGAGCUGAAAUUGACUCUAGAAGUAAAAUCUGUGAACUUAAAUAUAAAGAAUGUAAUUUAUACGAAUAA